UGAUUUAUGUCCUGUGUGCUGUUAAGACCACACCCACCCGCCCUUUGGUCCCCGACACUUAGCCACUGUGCAGAUUGAUUGUUGCGUCUCAUCACCAGACCAGGGUGGGCCGCAGCAUGAUUGGCCGUCAGAGGUCCCGCCCUGCUCCGGGAAAAUGGCAGCUUCUUCCACACCACACACCAGGCCUGCUCACCUUAGCCCGAGUCCCGCUGCUUCCACGUGGUUUCUGAGCAUUCUGCUGCUGACCCUGGUCAUCUUGCCAUCCUCUGAAACCUGCGGUGAACCACCAAGGUUUGAAAAUAUGCAGCCCACUGGUAACGUUAAACCCUCUUAUAAUGUGGGGGAACGAGUAAAUUAUACGUGUAAUCCGGGAUACCUGUAUCGACCUCCUAAGCCCAAAUUUGUCACUUGUGGACAGAACCAGCAAUGGUCACAGAUCACAAAAGAUACUUGCUACAAAAAGGCAUGUAGAAGGCAAGGCGAUAUUCCAAAUGGUGUCGUUAACCUCAUAAACGGAAGCUAUGAGUUCGGUAACCAGAUUGAAUUUGUUUGUAAUGAUGGGUUUCAUUUAAUUGGUGCGAGAAUUCUACAUUGUCAGCUUACCGGGUCAGAUGUGCAUUGGAGUGAUAGACCUCCACACUGUGAAAAAAUUGUGUGCGCACCACCGCCAAACAUAGCGAAUGGAACACACAGUGCAGUUGGCAGGGAAGUAUUUGAGUAUCUUUCAGUAGUAACUUAUCGUUGCCAUAAAGCAUCGGGACCAGACGAAUUUUCACUUGUUGGAGAGAGUCAGCUGCAUUGUGCUGGCAGUGGAAAAUGGAGUAGUGACCCUCCGCAGUGUAAAGUGGUCAAAUGUCCAUUCCCAGAACUGACAAAUGGAAGGCAGACAUCAGGAUUUGGGAGAAAAUUUUACUACAAGGCACAGGUUACGUUUGAAUGCAACCAGGGGUUUUACCUUCGGGGCAGUGCGCUGAUCACCUGUGAUGAGAACAGUACUUGGCAACCACCAAUUCCGCUGUGUCUUAAACGACAACCACUUUUCAUGGCAAAAUCUCGACCUUUGUGUACUACACUCGUUACUCGUCACACUGUUAGACCUUCAGAUGCAAUUCCUUCCAGAGGAACAUCUCGAACAUCUACUGUCUCUCUGAAUACUUGUCCCUGGGAAGAACCACUUCACGUUUGGGUUGUCCUUGGAUAUAUGAUUACUUUGAUUACUGUAUUGGAAUUGUAG